AGUCAUCAUUUUAGUGGCGGUCAGAGUCAUGUUUCAUUGGUCGCUCUGCUAUACUCUAUCUUUGUGAACAUGAUUGUAUUUUCAGUACAAAUAAGAAUAUAUUAAAGUUUUAAAUCAGUUUCUGUAUACGAAUAUAAUUUAGAAGACGAGCUUGAUUGCGGAGUUUAUCGUUAGUCGUCGUUUAUCUAGGUUCAGCAAUGCCUGUUUUUCGCCAGGUCGGGGAGAAACAGCUUCCCAACCCCAUUCUGUACAUGGCCUGGUCUCCUAACAGAGAUCUGAUCGCCCUGGCUAACACUGCAGGAGAGCUUCUCCUGCAUCGGCUUGCCAAUUUUCAGCGGGUGUGGAGUUUACUGCCCAAUGAGAACACAGGAAAAGAGAUCACAUCACUGGCCUGGAGACCUGAUGGGAAAGUCCUGGCAUUCAGUGUGGGAGACACAAAGCAAGUGGUGCUGUGUGAUGCAGAGAAGGCAGAAAUCCUCCACCUGUUCCCUGUUGAAUACCCAGCAUCCUGCAUGCACUGGACGGAGGUGCACGGUGACAGCAGCACAUUGUCCUCAUUCAGCGAGUCUGAAGAUGAGUCCAGUCGUUUUCUUCCAAAGUUACCCACUUUACCUAAGAGCUACAGCACCACAUCAAAGAUAUUUAGUGAAGAGAAAUCAGAUGAAGUCACAAACCUUUUGGGGGAAGUGAGGCUCAAUAUCCUGGUGGUGGGAGGACCAUCUGGAUUUGUGGAGCUGUAUGCAUAUGGCCUGUAUAAGAUUGCUACGCUGAGUGGAAUCUCAGGGACGUGCCGUAGUCUUGGGCUGUCUAGUGACCUCAAGUCCCUCUCUGUUAUUACAGAGAUUAGAUCUGCAGAAGACAACCCUGAGAUACAUUACAUACAGCUGGACACUGGACUGCUGUCUUCAUGUUUGCCUGAGUUGACCAAGAUGGCACGCAAGUUUACACACAUUUCCACGCUGCUACAGUAUCUGCGUCUCUCUCUCACCUGUAUGUGUGAAGCAUGGGAGGAAAUUCUUAUGCAGAUGGACCUUCGCCUCACUAAGUUUGUCCAGGAAAAGAACACGAGCACUCAGGUUCAAGAUGAGUUUCUGGAGCUACUGUUAUGGGGUCAUUUUUUGCUUUUCACAGCAAUGCUUCGUAUGUCAGAAGAUCACGUUCCUCCUGAGCUUAACAAGAUGACUCAGAAAGAUCUGGCUUUUGUGGCUGACUUCCUGUCUGAACAUUUCAGUGCUAAUGAGGAGCUGUUUGAUCGGAAAGGGAAGUAUUUCAACGUUGAGCGUGUCGGACAGUACUUGAAGGAUGAAGAUGAAGACUUGAUAUCUCCACCCAACAUGGAGGGCAACCAGUGGGUGACAUUUGUAAAGCAGAGCACUCACCUAAAAGACAGUCCGCUGCUCUUCCCCACGUACCCACAGAAGUCUCUGCACUUUGUCAAGAGAAUGAUGGAGGGGUCCAUUGAUCUGUGCUUACAGAAACCAGCCGAGGUGAUUGGGCAUUCAGUAACACAAGCUGUGUGUUUGCGAUUGUACACUGUUCCUGAGAGCUCUGAAAAUACACCGAGAUUGUUUGAGCUGCCUUCACUGUGGAAUGAUAAGAAGGCUGGUAUGCAUCAUGUAGUGUUCUGCAUGCCAGAGAUCUCGCCCUCUAAAAUCUAUAUUCUGAGGAGAGCAACAGACCCCAGCAGGUCUGUCCCUAAUGGUCUGGUGGCCCUAAACUUCAACACUCCUCUCAAUUCUAGUAUAGAUGAUGAAACACCUGCGCCAACUUCUGCUGACAGUUGCUACAGUUGCCUUGAUGCCCGUUUUUAUGACGACGAGACAUUAACAGUGGUAUUGCGAAGUCGGGAAGAUGACGAGAAUAAGAUGCGUGUCCUUGCUCAGCUUCAUCUAAACUCUGUUUUGAGCUGGAAUGAAGAGUUCACUUGGGACCUUACGCUUAGGCUGGAGCAGCAGACUGAAGGGAUCCCAGUCCAGUGUUUGGCCUGGGGAAACCAGAGCAGAGAGAUGGACAACCUCAAAGCUCAGUUUGUGGCAGUUAAUGGGAUCCGCAAGGUGGCCUGCGUGCUCAGUGCCAAUCUGAGACAUGUACGUGUGUUCGAGAUGGAUGCAGAGGAGGAAGAGGAGGAGGAAGAGCGUGCUGAUGAAUCACAGGAAAUGAGCUCAGACCAGGACAGAUUUGAGGACACAAUGACAAAUCAGAGUGAUGCUGGGGAAGGUGGAGAUGGAGCAGGGGGGGCUGAAGAUGCUCAGGUGGCAGGUCAAGGGUCAGGAGACAUUUUGGAUGAGACUGCAGGAUCAGACACGCUUUGAACUCUGACCUGAGAUCCAACAUGUUCUCCACAACUGAACUAUGGACUCUUCUGUUAUUUCUGGUCUUGUUCUUUUUGUAUUAAAAAUAUUUUGUGAUAAAGAUUAUCUGUUGAACAUUUCACAUUCUCAUUUGUAAAUAAAUGGAUUUACUGUAUAAUAAUCUUGGGUCGUAUCAAUCAAAACUUUAAUUUAAUAUAUCAGUGUCUUCUGUGAAUUCUAGGAUUAGGGUUUUCAGAUGGGGUGGGUGGACACCUGAGGUCCAUGAAGAUACUGCUCUGUAGAAAUGCACUAUUCACAGUCAACCAUGAUUCAUUUAUAUUCUAUGACUGAAAGUUUCCAAUAACAGCUUUACAGCGAUAAAGUGAGUAGUAUUCAGCUCGUCAUGUGACCUAAACAUGGCUGCCUCCAUGUAAAAUAAAACUACUUCUACAGAGUGCAACAGUCUCAUUCUUUUCCUCCAUCGGGAUUGUUAUUUGAUGGUAUAUGCUUCUGUUGAAGCCAUCAGCCCGUAUUUUUUUUAUUACUUAUUUUUAAAAUAAUUGUGUUCAGCAGCAAAUUUCCUGGUGAAAAACUACAGUACCCAUGAUUCUCUCCAUCAAAUAUCAGGGAAUCUUGACAAGCAAAAUAACAACAGAACGUUUU